AUUUUGACAUCUAGAUAUUCGCAACUUGGUGUCAGCUGUUUGUUUCUGCAUCCUGAGAAAGUUACAUAACCUUCAUUGUGAACUGACCAUAGACGUUCUGAGUAAAUCGAAAGUUAGUGGAUCAGACCUGAGGCAGCCAUGGAGAUGCAGGAGAUCCCCAGUGAGAGCCCAAAAAGCAGCAGAGAGGAGGGAGCAGGUGAGCCGAUGCUGAAGGUGAUAACUCAAGAGGAAGCAGAACCAGACCAUUACGAAGAACUGCAAAGUCCAUCGGAGAAUGUCUAUGUAGAAGCCUUUCAUCCGACAGUCAAAUCAAGAACAGGCAAACAGGAUGAAGGAAAAACAGGACUUUACCGGAUGCUGUGUUUAAUCCUCACAAUAAUCUGCUUCCUCCUUCUCAUUCUGGUUUUUGUCCUCGGUGUGAAACUCCAGACUGGAUCCACAGUCUGCUCAGGGAACAGCAGAUUCGGGGACCAACAAAAUCCAACAUGCAGCUUUGAGGACUGUCAGAGUCGCUUCCCAAAGAGUCAGUUCAACAAGCUUCCCUGCCGGCAGUGCGCUAGCGGCUGGCUCACCUUUGGCAAAUCCUGUUUUUUCCUGUCCACCACCAGACUGACCUGGUCCGAGAGUCAGAAGAACUGCAGCUCCAGUGGAGGAUCUCUGGCUAUUGUUUCCAGCCAGAAUGUUCAGAACUUCCUGACAAAGAAAGGGGAACUGAAAUAUUGGAUUGGGCUGAAACAUGAAGACUCCACAUGGAACUGGGUCAACAGCAGUAAGCUGCAGCAGAGCUAUUGGACUGAAGCUGUACACAACGGAGACUGUGCCUAUCUGAACAGUGACGGCCCAGUUGAGAAGAACUGGGACAGAGCUUCCUGUGAAUCCACCACCUACUUCAUCUGUCAGCUUCAGUUCUGAUGGAAACUGUCUCAUCAACAAUCGUCUCCAUAGCAACACAACCAGCAGCUCGUUCUCACGCCACACUCCAAUCAUAUCCACGCUUCUUAGAUAAAAAAUAUGUUAAAUUUGUGGUCUGAAUUCAAUGUUAUUACUGCAUUGUGUAAUAUAUGUGUAGUUCUUCAGUUGUUUAGCUUUUAAAAAUUGUAUUUGCUGGGUUUACCUCUAGAAAAAAAAAAUAAAAAAACUACAGACUGCUGUGAAGCCUUCAUGAAAUCAUUAAUCUUGAACAUAUUACAGUGAAACUGAAUAGAGCUUGAUCUGCUCCUGUAGAAGCCUAGGAAAACUUCUUUUCCAACAAAAUAUCAGAUUCUGUAUUAUUUGCACUCUUUGCUUCUGUUGUUUUCCUGUAUUGAUUUCUUAUUUUCCUUCAUCCAUACUUGUUUCUUCUGUUAGUUCAGUUAUUUUCAUCUGAUCAGUUUUGCCAUGUUUUACUCGUAGUUUGCUCUUAGUUAGAUUAAUUUCCUGGUCUCUCCAGUCUCAUAUCAACCCGUUAGCUAAUCAGCGCAGG